AUGUUCUCCCUCACGACGGCUCGACACGCCAUCGCGAACCGCGCGACGAUCGUCGACGCGCGAUCGACGACGCGCGCGCCGCGCGCGCGCGUCGCCGCGCGCGCGGCGAACGCGGACCGCGAGCUGUGGUACCCGGGAGCGGUGGCGCCGAAAUAUCUCGAUGGGACGAUGGCCGGCGAUUACGGCUUUGACCCGUUGCGACUCGGGGCGAACCCGGAGACGCUGCCGUACUUGCAAGAGGCGGAGCUCAUGAACGGGCGCUGGGCCAUGGCGGCGACGGCGGGUAUUUUGUUCACCGACGCGGUUGGUUUGCCGAAGUGGUGGGAAGCCGGUGCCGUGGAUUACGGUAUGGACUUCCAACAGCUCGUCGGGUUCCAAGUCGUGGCGAUGAGCAUUCUCGAGGCGGCGCGCACGCGCGGUUUCAUGAAGUCGGGCGAAUCCGGCGUGUUGAACGCGUUCCCGUUCGACCCGGCUGGACUCGAUGCUCCGGACAAGCGCGUGAAGGAAGUGAAGAACGCGCGCCUCGCGAUGGUUGCGUUCCUCGGUAUGGUUUCCCAAUACGCCGUCACCGGUCUCUCCCCGUUGGAGGGCUUGGAGGCGCACAUGGCCAACCCGCAAGCCGUCAACUUGUUCACGAGCUCCGUCGGCGGCGAAGCCGUCGCCUUCAUCGCCUUCUUGUCCACCGCCCCGACGUUCUUGCUCGCGCAAAAGACGCUCGGUGACGGCAGCGACGAGGAGUUCCGUCCGAUCCCGUGGUAA